UGGCUCAUUGCAUUCCUUAUUUUCAAGGAUAGGGCAUUUCUUACAUAAUCUAUUCUGUAUUCAUUUGCUUUUACAGCGGAGCACCAAUUUUCUAUUAAUGGCUUCCGCUUCGACAUCUGGUCGAAGAAAACCAAAACGGCGCGUUGCACUUCUGUGCUUGAACCUGCCGUCAAAAUGAUAAAAUCCCCGCUGACUGCAAAGCAGUAUGAUGUAUUCAUCAACCAUCGAGGCCCAGACACCAAACCGAAUCUAGCUCAGCAGCUCUACGAUUCUCUACAGGAAGCUGGGAUCCGAGCAUAUCUAGAUGCUCCAGAGACUGAGCUCGGAGAUUCUUUUUCUUCUGCCAUAUGGAAUGCCAUAUCCUCUGCCGCAGUGCACAUAGCCAUCUUCUCACAGCGAUAUGCAGAGUCUGCUUGGUGCUUAGCUGAGCUAGCCUGAAUGUUUCAAACCAAUGCUAGAAUUAUUCCUCUGUUUUACAAGGUUCCGCCUUCAGACUUCCGCCACAUUAAAAAUGGCGUGGCAUAUGCAUUUUUCAAUCACGAACAGAAGGGCAGAUAUCCUAGUGUUGACAUCCAACAGUGGAAAGCAUGCCUGUUGGGUAUCUAAGACUAAAAUGUUUGUUAGUAAAAUCAACUCUGCAAUGAGGGAUUUUCUCUGGAAAUGCUCAGGAGGUCGUUUUGAUCUUUCUUUGUUAGUGGGGGGAUUAAAAAUGUUAGAUUCGUAAAGUAGUUGUGUUGGCUAAGCUGGUGUGGAGAUUUAUAUCUCUCCUCAAUGAGAGUGCACAUUCUUUUAAGUUUGCUAAGUUCGAUUAUUGCAGAGUACUUUAUAGUUCCCUUUUUUUAAAAUGUUUUUAACGAUUUAGACUGAACUGUUGUUCGCUGUUUUUUUGGGUUGUGGUUUUAGAUCUUAUACUUGUCUGAUUUGAAUAUCUUUAAGUCUUAUCUGGUUUUGUGGUCUUUUGCUGCAUUUGGUUCUGUUGUGGCAAAUAUACCAGUUUUUCCUUUCCUUCUUACUGCAGGAGUUUUUCUAGGCUUCGGCUUUUUAUUCUGUAUUUUACUCUGGUCUCUAAGCUUUCUUUAUUCACUUAGUUUUUAAAUUUAAUAAUAAAUUAAAAAAAAACUUAAUUGCUUACAACUUUAUUCUAAUUGUAUUUGUGUUUUUUUUUUGUUUUUUUUAAAUUUUCAGUGAUCAGAGUAAGCUGUGUGAUGUUGUUUUGGCUGAGGUUAAGGAGAAGAAAAAGAGAAAAAUCCCUUUUCGAGUUGCAAAUUAUGAGGUGGGACUUAAUGAGAUUGUGAAUGAUUUCCACAGUCAUUGUCAGAGAAAUGGGCGGAUGAGAGAUAAAAUAAUUGGCAUCUCUGGUAUGAGAGGGUCUGGCAAGACCACUCUCGCCAAAUAUUUAUUCAAUCGCAAACUUUCAGAAUUUAGUAAAUCAACUAUUCUGUUUGAUGUGCGGGAAAACAAUGUCCUAGGGAAGUUGACUUUUCUGCAAACCAAGCUUCACAAUGAUCUGUUUUCUGGAAAUCGUCAUUCGUUUUCUAGUGUAGAAGAAGGAACCGCCAAUAUCGAACAUGACCAGUAAAGGAGCCACGAACAAAGCUUCCUUAUAGUUAUAGAUGGUGUUGAUCAUCAAGAUCAGUUAGAUGCCCUAUUAACCAUAGAUGCCCUCAAUCUCAAUAGUUUAGUGAUUGUCACAACCGCGUGACACGGAUAUUUGUUAGGUCACAGAUUCAAACCGUAACUGCCACAACGACUUUUGUUGUCUUCAUUGACUCCCCGACUGAUUCCAGUCUUUCGAUGAUUAUUACAGUCAAGUGCUGAUUUUUUGCAAUAACCUGGAACCAACCUUUGGCAUUGUCGACUCGAUCAUCGGUUGUCGUGUUCUUGCAGGUGUGCGCGUGCAAACAACCUACCAGUUUAAACUUUCAUCGCUUUUUCUGCAUACUUUACCUGUUGAAGCACUGAAUUUCUUUUUUUCAGCAAUAGGGCGUUUCUAACAUAUCCAUUCUUGAUUUUGUUUUCUUUUUCACCAGAGCAUCAAUUUUCUGUUAAUGGCUUCCACUUCAACAUCUGGUCGAGGACAACAGGAACGCGAUCCAUUUUGGGUGCUUGAACCUCCCAAAAAAAAGAUAAAAUCCUCCUUGACUGCAAAACAGUUUGAUGUAAUCAUCAACCAUCGAGGCCCGGACACCAAAACGAAGGUGGCUCAGCAGCUUUACGAUGCUCUACAGGAAGCUGGGAUCCGGGCAUAUCUAGAUGCUCCAGAGACUGAACUCGGAGAUUAUUUUCCUUCUGCCAUUAAGAAUGCCAUAUCCUCUGCCGCAGUGCACAUAGCCAUCUUAUCACCGCAAUAUGCAGAGUCUCCUUGGUGCUUAGCUGAGCUUGCUUUGAUGUUCCAAACCAAGGCUAGAAUUAUUCCCCUCUUCUACCAUGUUCAGCCAUCAGACUUCCGCUACAUAAAAAAUGGAGUUGCUGAAGCAUUUUCUAAACACGAAGAGAAGGGCAGAUUUCCUAGUCAUGACUUUCAACAGUGGAAAGAAUGCCCGCAGAAUGUUUCAUGGCUCAAAGGCUAUGAACUCAACACAGAAAAUGACGAUCCAAGCAAGCUGUGCGAUGAUGUUCUGACCGCUGUAGUUAAGGAGAAGCAAAAGAGAAAAAUUCCAUUCCAUUCCAAGUUGCACAAUAGGCUGUGGGACUUGACGAGCUUGUGAAAGAUUUCCAUAGCCAUUGUCAGAGAAAUGGGCAGAUGAGAGAUAAGAUAAUUGGCAUCUUUGGAAUGGGAGGAUCUGGCAAGACCACUCUCGCUAAAUAUUUUUUCAAUAGCAAACAUUCAGAAUUCAGUGAAUCAGCUAGUCUGUUUGAUGUGCGGGAAAACCAUGUCAAAGGUAAGCUGACUUCUUUGCAAAGUAAGCUUCUCAAUGAUCUGUUUCCUGGAAAUCAUUAUUCAUUUUCUAGUAUAGAAGAAGGAACAGCCUAUAUCAAGCAUGAGCUUCAAGGGAGCCACGAAUCAAGGUUCCUUAUAGUUAUAGAUGAUGUUGAUCAUCAAAAGCAAUUGGAUGCCCUGUUACCCAAGGAUACCCUCAAUCCCAAUAGUUUAGUGAUUGUCACAACCCGUGACGAGAGACUUCUUAUAAAGUUCGAAGCGACAGUCCGUUAUAAGAUGAAAGAGAUGAAUCCAGAGCAUAGCAAAGAACUCUUCUGCUGGCAUGCGUUCCAUACGCAAUCUUGUAAAAGGGGAUUUGAGAAUUUGGUAGAUAGCUUUGUCGAAGCGUGUGGAGGUUUACCUCUUGCUCUUCAAGUAAUGGGUGGGCAUGUAUUUGGGAGUGGCAUGGCUUAUUGGAAGUUGCAAUUAGAUGAGGCUAAGGCAAGACUAGACAAAGACAUAAGAGAUACGCUUAAAAUAAGCUAUGACGCUCUAGAAGAGGAUCAAAAACAGAUCUUUAUGGAUAUAGCUUGUUUUUUUACAGGGGAAGAUGAGAGAAAAGCCAUAAGUAUAUGGAAGGCUUCAGGUUGGAGAGCCGAACAUGCACUUCAGACCCUCAAAGAUAAGUGUCUUAUUGAAGUGCAAGAUGGGGUGUUUGCCCCUCUAGGAUGCCAUUAUGAGCCAACAUUUGUUUUGAAAAUGCAUGACCACCUCCGCGACUUGGGGAGGGAAAUGGCAGAUAAAGAAACGGUCCAGCCAACAGAUAAUCAAAUGAGCCAUCCUCGUCGGCUGUGGCGUCCUGAGGAUCUUAUUGGAAUGAGAAAAAUCAAGGGAUUCCAAGGCACCCUCGCUGGGUCUGAAGGAAAAAGUUGCAGAUGUUUCAUAAAUCGGGUCGACAUUGAAGAUGAUUUUUAUAUGAGAUGUUUUCUGGGGAGUUCAAAGACAUCAACUGAUUUACAAGUGCUUGAACUUUCCUCUAUUUUUGGUCAUCGGCGUAUUCCUGAAUACCCGAUUCCUCUACAAAAUUUGCACACUUUAAGUCUUGAAAGAGUAUCACCUGUGAUAUUGUGGCAAAGGGAUGACCAGGUUCUACUCAAGUUGAAAGAGCUAUCUUGCAUCUUUGAUAGUAUCUUAGACUCCAGCCUUCAAAAUAUGUAUAUGAGCGAUUUCAAGAAACUGCUGAGUUCGUUUGGAAUGUUCAAAAAUCUGAGAAGUCUGCAAAUAGAAUGUGGACCUGAGUUCUUAAGAUGGGAAAGUAUUAUUGAAUGGAAUCGCUUGCAGAAAUCUAUAAGAGAACUCACCUAUCUGCAAACUUUAAGCUUGAAAUCCUUUAAGGUAGAAGGGGAAUUUGCUCUAAGCAACAGGGGAAAGACAACUGUUGAUCUGUUUCCUAUGAGAAAUCUUGAGGCCAUAAUUCUGUGCGGUGUAUUGAAAACAACGGUGGUCUCCAUUAGUGGACAGUUCUGUCCCAACCUUAAAUCUCUUCAGCUUUGUUGUAUGACAGAUCUGAUUGAAAUGGAUUUGACAGGGAUAACCACACUGGAAUGUCUGAUACUGUUGAAAUGUCAACAAUUGAGAAAAGUAUCGGGCAAUGAUCUGCUAAAACUUGAAUUUUUCCAAAUAAAAUUAUGUCCGACUAUGAGAGAGUUACCAAAUUUUGGGGGUGUCAAUUGUCUCAAGAGGAUCUAUAUUAGCCAGUGUGAGAACCUGCAGGAUGUAUCAGCUUUUGAAAGAUUGGAGAGAUUGAAGAGGAUCUGGAUCGCUUAUUGUCCAGAGCUGAAGAGUAUAAAAGCUAUUGAACACUUGAAGGGAUUGAAGAGAAUCUGGAUUCAGGGCUGUACACAGUUGCAUGAUGUAGUUUGUUUUAAUGAAUUGAAGGAGUUGAAGAAACUCUUCAUUGGGAAAUGUACAAGGAUGCAGAAUAUGGAAGGCAUUGAACAUUUAUUACGCCUGGAGAGCAUUAUCAUUGCUGAAUGUCCGAAGCUGACGAAUAUAAGAGGCGUUGAAGAAUUGGAAGGACUGAAGGAGAUGAUUAUUUCAGAUAGUCCUAUUAUAAGUUGUGUCGAAAGGUUGCAGAGAUUGCCAUCUGAGCAUAUAACUAUGGUGGGGAGAUCAGCUAUGUCAGAUUUUAUUUCAAAUGAGGGUGAUGAAGAUGAAGAUGAAGAAGGAUUUAGAUUUGGCUAUGUGAGGUGAUCGUCCAUAUCAUAUUUUACCGCAGAUAAAAUUGGGAACACAUUGUCUCUGGUGGAUGCUUUUUAUGAAAUAGAGCGUGAAGGAAAUAUAAAUAAUAUUUUGGACUGGUUUCAUAAAACCCAUCGCUCACUCAGUACAUUCAUCUUCUGCGCUUUGGUUUGGGAUUCUCCUCAGAUAGAGGGCGAUAUUUUUAAUGGGGCCAGGAUUGUGCGUCAGAGACCUCAUCACCUAAGACAUAUAAACCUGUUUAGCGGUGCUGCAGACUGGAUAUAUAUGUGCGUAGUUAAUGAAGAAAGGUUCUCAGAAUAUGACUCCUGGAUUCCAUCCUCUCCUUGUAUAAAGAAGGCGUUUAUAAUGGGAGUGAAGGCAGGCGAAGAAAGGAAAACCCUUCACAUACUGCAAAGCUUAUUUGCUAAACUAUGCAUUCACAACAGCUGAAUAUUCUGAAAAAGAUCUGUUGCGCUUUGGGCGUGUUGAUUGGUGUGAGAGAGUGACAGUGAUCUUGAUUGCUCUGAGAGAUUGACUGCAGAGGAGCAUGCUCUCUCUGAUUUCGCCGAACGAUGAAGGAUACAUUAGUGGUGGUGCUGAUGAUGAUGAUCAUAAUGCAAGUGACUUUUAAUUCAAAUUUCAGUUGUUGCAAAUGAGAUUAUGUAGAUCUUAAAAUACAGAUUUUUUUUAAA